UUUUAACGUGAGGUUGAUACAGGAGUGGAUGCACAGUGAGAUCGCUCUGUUCGUCAGCAUUAGUAGUGAUGAACGAUUGAUUGAGUUUCUAUAAAAAUAUCAGAUUCUAUCCAAAAUGAAAACCGUUUGGCAAAUAUUUGUCGUGAUCGAAUUCAUAUGUUCUGUGUACGGUUACAAAAUAUUAGUGGCAUUCCCGUCACCUUUCAGCCACUUCAGAUUGGGCAGUACUCUUGCUAGGGGUCUAGCAGAGGCAGGUCAUGACGUGACUAUGGUGGGUAAUUUCGAGGACAAAAUACUGCCGAAAAAUGGGAAUUACACGAAUAUUGUCCUGAAGUACGGGGUGGAUGGAGAAGAUAUGGUGAAGCCAGAUUUUUUAGAAAUAACGAAGCUUAAUACAUUCUCAGAAAUAUUUCUCCUAGGCGUCUUGGGCAACAAAGCGGUCCAAGGUACCCUAGAGAAUCCGACAUUCCAAGAACUUCUCCGUUCCAACAAAACUUUCGACGUCAUCAUCUUAGAUCAGUUCCUCAACGAUGGCUUGAAAGCAAUAGCAUGCCACUUUAAUGCUCCUUUGAUAAUGUUCAGUACAAUUGCCGCUAAUUCUUGGGUCAAUACCAUAUCUGGAAAUCCAGCUCCACCUUCCUACAUACCAGAUCUUUUCUCGGAAUAUGGACCACAUAUGACGUUCUGGCAGCGAACGAAAAACACGUUGGUAGUACUGUUUCAUGAUUUGGUCCGAUAUUUCAUAACAUAUCCGAAACAAAACGAGAUGGUGAAGAAAUAUUUUCCUCAGUGCCCUAACGUCGAGACUUUAACAAAGAAUGUAUCAUUAUUCUUCUUGAAUUCUCACCAAAGCUUCCAUCAGUCAGUGCCUCUAGUACCAAGUAUGAUCGAUAUAGGUGGCUUCCACGUGCCGCAUCCUAGGAAAUUGCCAGAUGAUCUUCAAAAAAUCAUGGACAAUGCCAAAGAGGGAGUUAUAUACUUCAGCAUGGGCUCGAAUAUAAACCCUUCAGAAAUGGAACCACAUACUAAACAGGCACUCAUCAAUACCUUGGGCAAGUUGAAGGAGACCGUUCUCUGGAAAAAUGACGAAGAUUUACCAGGAAUAAGCUCAAACAUUAUAAUCAGGAAAUGGUUUCCUCAAAUGGACAUUUUGGCACACCCAAACGUGAAAUUGUUCAUUACACAUGGAGGACUGCUCAGUACAACAGAAACACUUCACUAUGGGGUACCGGUAUUAGCUUUACCAGUUUUUGGAGAUCAGAGGCUCAAUGCAGCUAAGGCAGUGGCCGCAGGAUACGGGAUUUCUCUACGUUUUAUAGACCUCACAGAAGAAAACUUCAGUUUGGCACUGAAUGAUUUGCUAAGAAAUCCAAAAUACCGCGAGAAUGCCAAAAGAAUAUCCAGACUGAUGCAAGACAGACCCAUAAAACCCAUGGAUCUCGCUGUAUACUGGACUGAAUUCAUUGCAAGGCAUGGUGGUGCACCCCAUUUGAGGGUGGCUGCAGUCGACAUGCCUUGGUACAAGUAUGCCUUGGUCGAUGUCAUAGCAACACUGCUAUUCAUUUGUUUUGGUGCAUGGACGAUGCUGUAUCUGCUUGUUAGGAGACUUUGUUGUCGUACUUCUGAUGUCAAAUUAAAGAAGAACUGAUUAAAGUUUAGGUGGAUAUUGAGGUCUUUGAAGCACGCUUGUUUUUUCGUGCACGACGAUCAAGCCGGAGUGCUCGGAAUAGAGCAAGUUUUAGAGACUAGAUAUCCACGAAUAUUUUUG